UCAAGAAAGGAGCCGUGCACUUGUAUUUUAUAUACAAGAUCGUGUUUUAAUUAGUAUUGCAUGGAAUUUUUUUUUCGAUCGUUGCUUAUUUACUCCCAGCUGAGAGCUUUUAAACUGUAUUCCGGUGUUUGUGGGAAAAUAAAUUUCAAUAACGCACCCUAGCGGUAACCUGUGACAGAAAACAGUGUGUCGCCGAAUGAGGAUAACGAAGAGCGGGAUGAUCGUGCAAUGCAGCGAGAGUAGUGUCACACUUGUUGGAGUUAUCAAUUUGAGGAUAAUGAAGAUGAAGAUUAAAAGUCAUGUGUAAAUAAAAAUGUUAAUGAGAUGGCUUAUGUUAACGUCGCUGAAUGGAAGCCGGAUCACGUAGCUGACUGGCUACGGGGGCUUGAAGAUGAAAUUCAACCUUAUACACAAUUCUUUGUAAAUAACAAAGUUAAUGGAUGUCAGUUACUUACUCUGGCAAGAGAUGAUCUUACCAACCUAAAUAUGACUAAAAUUGGACACCAAGAACUGGUGCUUGAGGCAGUUGAAUUACUUCGACAAUUACACUACAACUUAACUUCUGAGACACUUCAGUCCCUUGCUCUUAAGCUUGGCUGCAAAGCACAGAGUCUUUUUAAUGAUCUGAAACGAGUCUGUCAGGAUUUUGCAGAUUCUGGAAAAAAGGAAAGAGUUUCUGUGGAAACUUUAUCUGGUGUUUCAGAUAUCAUUAAUCUAGUCAAAUCACUCAUAUCAUGGUUAGACAGGUAUCCGUUUGUUGGUCAAGAGAAUUAUGUUGAUGUUCGUAAAACCAUAUUGAAACUGAGUGUUGAACUGGCUUCAACUGCUCAGCGGGAUCAAUUUGCUGAAAAUCCUCAUAAAAUUAUAAAAGAAACAUGCUUAAAACUUGCUGCUCAAAGUGAUAAAAUUGUUCAAGAUUUCAAUGAUUCUUUAAUUAUACAACCAGCAUCUCUGGAAGUUGCCAAAAUAAAACGCAAAGUUGAUGAUGAUUUGGGUAUCCAUAUUAAUUCUCUUUAUACUGGAAUACAUGUUAUUGAAGAUGUCAAGUUUCAGGUAAUUACUUUGUGGCCUUAUCGAAUACCAUCAAAGAAAACUGCUUUUCGUAAACUGUAUAAAUGGAAUAAAGGCAAAGAUAUUCGUGAGCUGUGUCCCAAAUCACCUGGAGCUAGGGGAGAAGCAAACAGUGUAUCUGAGGUGAAUGGUGGAUUGUCAGAAAAAGAAAAGCUUUUUGCCGUGAACAAACCUCGAAACCGACUGCGACGUAGAGCUACUGUGACUGGUGUCUCUCCAACAGCUCUCCAUGCACCUGUCAGUUUGGAGGAAUUAAUUGGCAACAACUCUAAGCGCAAAGAAUCAGUUUUGAGAACAAUUUCUUAUGAUCCUAAUAAAACUAUUGAUUUAGAAGAUAAUGUUUUUAAAAAAGAAAAUCCUCAAAGCUGUACUCAAGAAGAUAAAGGUGAAACUCAGUCAAGUGAAAGUAAAGCAAAAUCUGAUUCUCUUGAUGAUAAGGAUAUAUCAUCACCAAAAAGCAACUUCUUGCAGCCUCCACAGGAAAAAUUUAUGACAGGACAUCUGAAACGCCAAGAAGCACUGAAGAACUCUGAAACUGUUGCACGAGCUGGUGUUGCAGUACCUUCUUUUCCUCCUUUGAGUACAUCAUCAAACUGCGCACCUCCAAAGCCUCCACACAGAACAGUAGCUCAGCCUCAGAAUCACACAAGUAAUGAUGUAAAUGCUCUCACACAAGAAGCUACACCUUGUGGCAGCCAAAGUCCUAAACAAAAAUUUGCUGAAUGGGUUAACAAACAGAAGAAAAAGCCAGAAGUUGGGAUUUUACAACAUGCCCUCACACUUUUUAGUCAAGAUUCAAAUGCUCAGCCUCUUUCACCAAAAGAAAGUGGCUCUCCUCGAAGCCCAAAAUAUAAUACUGGAUCUCCUAAAGCAAAGAAAACAUCUGGAACUAUAUUUCAGUUUCCAUUUAGGGAAGGGAGGCCAUCACUUUCAGAGUUACGAAGUCUGAAAAGAACUGCAAAUUCAAAAGUUUUCAGUGAAAGAGUUAGUUCUACCACAGUUGAUAAAAGUGUCACAUCUCCAAAACAAAAUACUUUGAAUAAACACAAUCAGAUGCAACAUAAGAGGCCAG